AUGUGCAGAACUGUAGCACGACUCAUUCAAACUAACGUGGUUUUGGAUGAAGAGAAACGUUUAGCAAAACGUCGUUUAAUUGAAGCAAAUCGUGCACGUAAACGUGCUGAAUCUGACAAUGCAAUACAACAAAGUCAAAUUAAUUCUGGUCCAAGUCCACCUAAACAAACUAGUUACCUUCCUCCAACACCUUCUUCUCUUUCAACUGCUGUUUCACCACUUCAUCGUUCUCCUUUAAUAUCUCAACAGAAUGUAAUUCCAGCACAAAUUAGACAGUCACAAAUUAAACCACCAAUGGUAACCACUAAUCAACCACGUUCAGUAUUACAUAAUUAUCCAUCGAUAACAGCUCAAACAGGUGUAAUGAAUUUUACUAAUUUAUCACCAACUGAUGGUAAUUCAACUCAACUACAUAUAUCUACAAAUCUUAGUCCAACAGUACAAUCAUCUACUAAUAAUCUUGAUCAGCAUAAUUCAACAUCAAUUCAACCAACAAUAUAUGAUCCAAAUUGUGCUAUGCUUCCAUUAUUACAAACAUCACCAACAAGAAAUAGUCUUAUCUAUUCAGAUGGAAGUUCUCCUAUAAAUCAACAUGGUCAUUACGUAAUAACAACAACCGAUUUAAUGUCAAAUAAUACACUUCAUUCAAAUUCAUUAGUGAAUAUAUCAUCUAAUAUUCCAUUAGAUGAAUCCAAUCAAAUAUAUUGGACAAAUAAUUCAACUAUUAAUGAAACAAUUGACAAUACAUUUCAUCAUCCUUUAACUACAAUACAUCAACAUCAUCAAUUACCAUUACAACAACAUCAGAAUAAUUUUAUUCAACCAAUUGUAACUGAUUCCAAUUGGAAUAAUGAACAAUUUACACAAUCAUUAAUAACUAAUGGAAAUAAUAUUACACAAUAUUGUCCAGUUAGUUUAAUGAAUGAUACUUUAUCAUAUGAUCAACCUCAACGAAAUCAUCAUCAUCAUCAACAACAUCAUCAUCACCCUGAUCAUCAACAUCAACAUCAUAACCAUCAGCAGCAACAGCAACAGCAGCAGCAGCAACAACAACAACAACCGUCAUCAAUGUCACAUCAAAAUCAUGAUCUUAAUUUAGUGAUGAAACAAACUAAUCCCAUAAAUAUCUUACAUUAUGAUCCACUUAUAAAGAAUAAUUUAACAAAGAAUAAUGAUGAUGUUAGUGAAAUGAAAAUUGCUAAAUUAGAUGAAAGAAAAUAUACUAUACCAAUUACUUCUAUAAAUACACCUAUUAUUAAUCCAUUUUCUAUUACUGACUAUUCAUCAUCAUCAUUGUCGUCGUCAUCAUCAUCAGCUUCUUCUUCUUCUUCUUCUUCAUCGUCAUCAUCAUCUUGUUCCUUGUCAUCAUCAUCAUCAUCAUCGGUAACUUUGACAAAAAACACUGAAGAUCAAUUACAAUUAAAUUUAAAAAACGAUGAUGUUUUAAAUGUAACAGAUGAGUUAUUUGUAUGGACAAUUGAUGAUCAAAAUCUAAUGAAUUCAGUAUGUAAUGCAUAUGAAUCUACAUAUUUUGAUAAAGAUUCACCUAAUAAUAAAACCAUGGAAAAUCAAUUAUCUGGUACAAAUAAUAAAGAUAUUACUCAAUCAAGUGAUAAUUCUCAAUUGAAUUCAGGUGAAUUUGUAAUUAAAAGUAUCGUGGAUUCACAUGUGACCGGAUUUCUCACAAAGUUAGAUGAAGUUGAACAAGAAGAUAUUCAACAUGCUAGAUCAUUUUAUAUGACAACAUUUCAUGAUUUAGCUUAUCUUAUUGAACCAGCAAUAACACGUUUAGUGAAAUUCGCUAAACGAAUUCAAGGAUUUGAUACACUUGAAGUAGAUGAUCAAAUCCGUUUAUUAUGUGGUUGUUGUAUUGAUCUGAUCACUUUAAGAGCAGCUUAUUAUAUCAGUAAAUCAGCUAAAGUUCAAGGAUUAGUUGAUAAUGCAUUAUUGAUUAGAGGUUCCAUAACAACAACAACAACAGCAACAUCGUCAUCAAAUUUACCUAAUCAAUAUAAUACAACCAUACCACAUAUACCUAAUCAUCAUUAUCCAAAACUUGGUAUAUCUGAUGAGAAAUAUGCACAAUUAAUUCGUGGUGUAGCAUUAAAAAUGGCACGUUUAAACAUUGAUCAAACUGAUAUAGCCAUGAUGGCAGCUAUUUUAUUAAUGUCUCCUGAUCGAAAUGAUUUAUUGGAUGUAGAAACUAUAGAGAAUAAUCAAAAUAAUCUUUUAGAAACAUUUAAUCGUUAUGUGAAUCGUACACGUGGUCAAAUAAGACAAUCUAAUACUUAUCCAAUACCUAGUUCACAAUGUUGGCCAAGAAUUAUUAUGACAUUAACUGAAUUACGUUCAGUUACAAUGUGUGCACAAGAUUUAUUUUCACAAACAUCUGGUACUACUACUACUACUAACAAUAAUACUACUGAUAAUAAUAAUCAGUUACCAUGGUAUCUUCAUGAAUUAUUUUUAGCUGAUGAAGUAAUAAACACUGUAGAAUAA